AUGGCCAUGGCAACCCAAGCUUUCCUCUUCACCCCAUCUGUCUCCACCCCAAAAUCUGGUGACCGAGUCGUUGCACCAUGGAAACAAUCAUCACUUGCCUCAUUCACCACUCCUAAGCCACUCAAAUCCGCCGCACCACCGCGUCCUAUUCGAGCAUCGGUGGAGGAGACACCCACAAAGGAGGCUCCGGUGGGCUUCACCACGCCGCAAUUAGACCCAACCACCCCAUCACCAAUAUUUGGUGGCAGCACUGGAGGGUUACUCCGAAAGGCACAAGUGGAAGAGUUUUAUGUGAUCACUUGGGAGUCUCCUAAAGAACAAAUCUUUGAAAUGCCCACUGGUGGUGCAGCCAUAAUGAGGCAGGGUCCUAACCUACUCAAACUGGCUAGGAAAGAGCAGUGCUUGGCACUUGGGACUAGGCUAAGGUCUAAGUACAAGAUUAACUACCAAUUUUACAGGGUGUUCCCUAAUGGUGAGGUGCAGUAUUUGCACCCUAAGGAUGGGGUCUACCCGGAGAAGGUGAACCCUGGGCGUCAAGGGGUUGGGGUGAACUUGAGGUCCAUUGGGAAGAAUGUUAAUCCAAUUGAGGUCAAGUUCACUGGCAAGGCAGUCUUUGACUUGUAA